AUGUCCGCAUUGGUCCAUGAGCGGACGCUUGCACCAGACUUCAAGGCGAAAAAGACUAAAUCUAGGAAUGGCUGCGGACGCUGCAAGCUGAAGCGACUCAAAUGUGACGAGACUGUCGGAUCGUGCCUUCAAUGCAAGAAGAGAAGCGUUCCCUGUCCUGGUUACGAAAAGACCUUGAAGUGGUCAACCAAGUAUGAGGUUUUUCAGCCUACACAGUUCACGCCGUCGUCUCCACCUAAACCAAGGUCGGCAUCGGUUGGAGUUCGCAAGACUUCCAAGGCUGCUGCAUCCUCGCUUCCGCAAAAUGUUGCCAAUGGCAUUGAGGCCCUUGCUGCUGUGCUCCCUGCAAGUAGGAAGAGCGCAGAAGUCGAGAUGACAGAAGACGACAAGCAGGCAACACCACCCCUAGCCUCACCACCAUCACUAAAGGAGCCUGUCGUCGCCCAAGGAUCCCCUACAGAGGACGAAGACUCCCCCCGAGACAUUGAACCGUUCCCGAUGGAUGACAUCUAUGUCUUGGAUCCUGCCAUGCUUGAUGGUAGUGAUGAUGCAAUCCCCUUACCUCACGACGAGUUUUACUUCGACCCGUUCGCCAACGCUGACCUUGAUACCACUGCUCUGGACGACUUUGGUGGCUUCGGUGGCUUCGAUCUUGAUGCUGACCCUGUACCUUCCAAGUACAACGAGUCGUCAGCAGAGUGUUCCGUUCUGACUACUCGAUUCUACAGACUUCCAAGCCCCUCGCCGAACCCUUCGUCUCCCGAUGACCAGGAGUCACUUCUUGUUCAACAUUAUUUCAAAGACGUUUGCGCUGUCUUUUCUUCUUUCGAUUCUCACCUCAAUCCUUUCAGGACCACGAUUGGCAAAAUCUAUCAGGACUCUCCUUCCAUCAGCUAUGCCAUUCAGUCAAUGUCCGCCGCUCAUCUCGCUAACACAUUUCCCUAUAUGGCCGCGAUUGGUAACGACCUCCAGCGCAAGGCUGUUGCAGCAUUUCAGGAAGAACUACCUCUGGCACAAGCUGGCCACAUUAGCUGCACAAGGACGUUCCUCAGCAUCAUGUUGCUCGGUCUCACCACCUCAUGGCACGACACCAACGCUCUUGGUACAGAGUUCCUUGCCACCGCUCGAGGCCUCAUCUUACCAAAGUUGAUGGACAGGUCCCAAGAGGCCGAGGUGCAGCGUGAAGCACAGUUUUUCGAAGAGUCUCUCAUCUACUGGGAGAUGGUCAUGGGGUUUGUUACAGAGAAUGCUAUGAGCUUUUCGAGACCGUCAGGUAUGCGCCCUCGCAUAGUCUCCAACAAGAAGAGCAUCCCUGCAGGCCGACGAUCCGACGGGAAGAUUGUGCCUCAUCCCUGGACAGGUAUAGCCCCGAUGGUUCAGGCUCUGUUCGCUGAGGUUGGCCGACUCGUUCGUAGCGAGCGAUCACUGAACCGAGACUCUGUCAUGGAUCUCAUUCUCCGUCAAGAGAACCUUCUCAACGCAUCAUCGUUGGAGGAAGAUCUCCUGGCGGUGGACUACCCCUCGGUAGGCGAGAUCGCUGACACCGGUGAUGAUCGUACGCCAAAGGAACACUUCACUGUCCUAGCCGAAGCGUACCGCUGCGCUGGUCUGCUCGAGAUCUACCGCGUCUUCCCUUCCAUUCUGCGCAAGCGUCUGGGUACCAACAAGCUGCCUGUAUCUGAGAACGUCGACUUUCAGUUUCCCAUGCCUCGCUUUGAGACACCCUACGAAGACAGCGACAUCAAACUAUGGCUCGGUUCGCUCGCCAUGCACAUUUUACAGAUGAUCGAGUCUCUGCCAGCAUCCUCGGGCACGUUCUGCAUCCAGCAGCUAGUCAUCACGGUAGCCGCCUGCGAACUCAAGCUUGUCUCGUCGGUCGACUUCUUCGACGUUCAUGCCAACGACUCCAAGGUACUCCAGGCGAGGGAACGUGUCAUCCGACGCCUAGAAGUGUACGCUCACCGCCUGCCUGGCAAACCACUUGGUCAGUUGAUCAGCCUGAUCAAGGAGACAUGGCGACAGUCCGAUGAGGGUACCGACACUUUUUGGAUUGACAUCAUGAACGAGAAGGGGUGGCACACGAUCAUGUAG